UGGAAACAUGUGUAAACAGUUGUGAGUAAUCGGGUCAACAUGGAGGAUAAUUUAACGGGACCACAGAAAUUUCCUUAAAUUUACCAUUAGAUAUUGUCAAUAACAAAUUCUUUUGUGGAAUAAAGAAACGUGUGCUUUAUAUUUCAAGUGUCCACCUUAGACUAAAAAACUUUUAAGUGAUAAUUGGAUUUUUAAGCUGUGAAACCAAUACCGAAAAUCAAAACAAAAUGUCGACCGCUGCAAUGGCUAGGACACUCACUGCAACCGUGCCGGUUGAACCCACUCUGCAGAUGAGGUUACAAUUCCCGAACCCACCUCAAGCUAAGAAUUUGGGUAUGAUGAACAACAAACUGCGAAACAGAUUAAGGCUUGAUCCAACCCGUGCUUUGGAACCUGCAAGGAAGAAAAUAGCAACAAUUGAAGCACAGAGAGUAAUGUCAGUAUUUGAAGAUACCAUACAGAAAUCUGAAAUAAUCACUCUGAUGCCAUUUAUUGUAGAGAAUCUAGAGAGGUUUCGAAUUACGUUUGGUACAGAACUCUCUGAAUUAAUUGAGCAUCAUGCCGUUAUCCUGGGUAGUUAUGAAGACAUCAAGCAGACGUUGGACAGGCAGAUGAAGAGAAAUGCUGCUAAGGCUAAAGCCAGGCAGGUAGAUUCACCAUCACGUUCAUCAACCGUGUCACCUGAUGAUCCUGAAGGUAAUCAAAUGUUAGAUGAAGAUGAGGGAGCUGCUGGGGUAGCUUCACCUUCAGUUCAAUCACAACAGUCUAGACCACGGUCAAGCCAACAAAGUUCAAGAGCCAGCUCACGCCGUUCUGGAAGAGAAUCACAAAGUAGGUCAUCUAGACCAUCAAGCUCUGGAAGUGUUGAUUCAAACUUUAGUAUGGACAGCCAAAUGGAACGUACAGUAAGAAGUCUAACAAUGGUGGCACAGCAGUUAAAUACCUCAUGUAAGAAUGUAUUGAGGGCAUUUCAACUGAAUCCAUCUGCUAUGAACACUAUUAAACACGAAUAUUCAAAAAGAGGACAUACAUCACAAGAUUUUAUAACCUACAUGAAUGAGCUAAAAGACAUUCUUCUGAACAAACUUCUGACUACACCAGAGGAAGAGAAAGAAAGAAUGGAGUAUCUUCAAGAAAUUUCAAAGCGUGAGAGAAAUAAUGCUGCCAUUAUUGAAAAACUGGAAACUGAACUGAAAGCUGCACAAGAUGAUAAAGAUGAGGAAAUAAGAAAGAAAAAUGAUGUGAUAAGAGGAUUGAAUGCAGAUUUGAGGCAGAUUCAGAAGUUUUCAGAAGACCACAUCAGACGUGUUAAUGCUGAAGCAGAUAAACAGAAAGCUGCUGAUAAGAAAAAUAGUGAGGGACGUAAACAAAGGCUUCAGCAGGAGGUAACUCAACUGCAAACACAGCAGCAAAAUCUUGUUUCUGAACAUAGAGAGAACGAACAGGAACUUAGAAAGAAAAAAUUUAAAAUUGAGACAGAGGUGGAGAAUUGGAUUCAGCGCUAUGACCAGGAUAUGGGCGAGAGACAGGACGAGUAUGAAGAGAUUGAUACAGUUUACACUGAAGAGAAGAAACAGCUUCAUGAAUUAGAGGAACGCUUCAAAACUCUUGAAGCUGAGUACCAGCAGAUCAUGGAAGAGCGCCGUCUGGCUAGGGAGCGUAGAGAAGCUGCUGAAAGAGAGCUUGCGCUCAUGGUCAAAGCAUCAACAACCAUCCAGGCAUUCUGGAGGUCAUUCAAGGUCAGGAAGGCUCUCAAGGCUCGCAAGAAGAAAGGUGGAAAGAAAAAGAAAUAAACUUAUAAAAAAGUGUCUGCAUUUGGUCUUUAAAAAGACCUAUGAUAUAGUUUUAUAAGUUUUAUUUGAUUGUGCAUUUUUUUAUUAUAUUCAUCUCACAGUGAAUGAUAGUCUUAAUUAUGAAGAAGAUAUAUAAGAAGUUAUUAUGUAAAUAUGUUUUGUCUGUGAUAAAAUAACAAAAAAAAUGAAAUUCUUUUAUCUGUUGUAAAUAAAUUCUCAAUCCAAUUCAGAUCUUUAUGUUAAAAAGAGCAUGAUUGUUUGCAAAUCAUUGUUUCACCUUCAGUAGUGACUUGUAGAUAUAUGAUAGUACUAUUUUCUGCACCUUUCUGGCUGUAUCCAUAUUAACUGCAAGUAAGUCUUGGUCAUGAGCAAUUUGAAUAAAUACAAUUCAGAAACCGGACGUUUAAGGUAUGACAAUUGACAAGAGUUCAGAACAAGCUUAUAACUUGAUACUUGUACACUGUGUACAAUGAUAUUAGCAUAAGUCCUGAUCAAAUAGUUAAAAUAAAAACAAUAUACCUUUUCCUUUGCUAACUUUCUCAUCAUCAUAGUGUUUGUAAUCUCCGUUUACAUUUGUUAUUGUUGAUGGUAGCUCUAGCGUAUGAAGUUGACACCAUUUGUGUUAAGAAAAUUUAUACAACUGUGUUGCAAAUUUUCAAUCCAGAAAAAAAGACAUUUAAAAAUUGUAUUUGGAAAUUUUCAAUGAAGAAUACUAGUAAAGUAUAUAAUAAUAGUGAAAAAACUUUAUGAAGGUGAAUGCUUAACUAUUUUACGAUUGUUUAAGAGUUUUAUAAAGUAUUAUGUGAUAUAAAUUUGUUACAAAGUUCUGUUAUAUCUGUAAGCCUAAUAAAUUAUUAUCAUAAUAAAA